UUUGCUGGAAGUGGAAAAGAGGAGAAUCGUAACAACAGCUACCCAGUCCGUGCUUGUUUUGCACAGCCUUCAGGUCUUGCCUUAGAUUCCACUAACAAUCUGCUGUAUGUGGCAGAUAGUGAGAGCUCAACAGUGCGUAUGAUCUCCCUGCAAGAUGGUAGUGUAAAGGCACUUGUUGGUGGGGAAAGGGAUCCUAUGAAUCUGUUUGCCUAUGGAGAUGUAGAUGGUAAGGGUGUUGAUGCCAAGCUGCAGCAUCCUUUGGGUGUGGCUAUGUUUGGAGAAGACCAGGUGGCAGUGGCUGACUCGUACAACCACAAGGUGAAAUUAAUUAAUCCAUCAACUAAGACCUGUACUACCAUCCUGGGCCAAGGUGAACCAGGGAACAGGUGUGGUAGUGCCACAGAUGCUGCCUUUAAUGAACCAGGAGGGCUGGCACUGGACCCAACUGGACAGUAUUUGUACAUUGCUGAUACCAAUAACCACUCCAUCAAAGUUUAUGAUCUAUCCACCAAGGAGGUGGCAGAGUUCCCUGUGAUAUUCCCUACGCUCACAGAAUUAGACUGCACUGACUCCCUUCCACAGCCAGUCUUCAAACGCCUGACCCCAGCCAGGGCAGAGCUUGUCACUCUAGAGCAGCUGAAUUUGCUGGAAGGGCAGCUGUUACUGUGUCACCUCAAUAUACAGUUACCUGAACACUGGCACCUGACAGAGGGGGCACCCAGUGCAUGGCAGAUAUGGCUGGAAGAUGAUGUCACUGAAUGCGAAUCUCCUGCUAAAGGCAGCCUGACGGACCUAGUCCACCAACCCUGGCUGGAGUUCAGAGGGAGGAGAACUGGGAAAACGGACAUAAAACUGGAGUGCAUGUUAUACUAUUGUGACGAUAUUGGGACAUGUAGGAUGAAAGGACUGGUUUUUGUUCAACCAGUUGUGAUAUUCAAAAGGGACGCCCAUCCGUCAACAGAAAGCGUUCAGUCUGAUUUCACAUACUUGGUGCAGUGAAAUCAAUCUUUCAAUAAAUAUGAUACAACACGUUUUAGAUAUACAUAUUCUUUAAAUAUGGAUGUUGCCACUGUGAUACGAAUAUGAAAGAUUUUUAUACAUGCACAUUUAUCAGCGAAUAUUACACAAAGGGAAAAGAAAUAGGAGCAGGAGGGAUCAACAGUGCGGAUUUGUACGUACAUAUAAACCCGGUUAUCUUCGUAGUGCACUGUAAUUUGCUGAUCCUAUUAAAUGAUUCAUUGUAGACCAAUAUUUGUUUACAUUGUAACUGAUUUAUCAUAUGAACAGCAGUAAUAAUGCAAUUGCAGCAAUAAUCACCUAAAUCAGGAAAAACUU